AUGGUUCAUCUAUCCGCUCGCUCUCUGCUGUUGGCGGCCGGUAUUCUACCCAACCUCGCUUAUGGCGCUGGGUUAGACACUGCUGCAGCGGCCAUUGGCAAGCUGUAUUUCGGAACAGCCACUGACAACCCCGAAUUGACGGACACUGCCUACGUCUCGCAGCUGAACAACACAGCUGACUUUGGCCAAAUCACACCCGGAAACUCGCAAAAGUGGGAUGCAACGGAGCCAUCGCAAAAUACUUUCACAUUCGCCAAUGGAGACACCAUUGCGAAGUUGGCUGAAGCCAACGGUCAGAAGCUGCGAUGUCACAAUCUGGUAUGGCAUAACCAGCUUCCAAGCUGGGUCACCAGUGGUACUUGGACCAAUGCGACGUUGGUGGCGGCUUUGAAGAACCAUAUCACCAACGUAGUUACACACUACAAGGGGCAGUGCUACGCAUGGGACGUUGUCAAUGAAGCUCUCAACGAGGACGGAACGUAUCGCACGAGUAUCUGGUACGAGACCAUUGGCGAAGCCUACAUCCCAAUUGCAUUCGCCACAGCCGCAGCCGCAGACCCUAAUGUCAAACUCUACUACAACGACUACAACAUCGAGUACUCCGGCUCAAAGGCUACUGGUGCAGCCAACAUUGUCAAGCUGAUCCAAUCCUACGGCGUCAAGGUCGAUGGAGUCGGCCUCCAAUCCCACUUCAUCGUCGGUAGUACUCCCAGCCAGAGCAACCAGGCAAGCACAAUGGCAUCAUACACAGCUCUGGGUGUGGAGGUUGCCAUUACCGAGCUCGACAUCCGAAUGACCCUUCCCUCCACCGACGCCCUGCUCGCACAACAGUCAACCGACUACAGCAGCACCGUUGGCGCAUGUGUCGAGACCAAGGGCUGUGUGGGUAUCACCAUUUGGGAUUGGACUGACAAGUACUCCUGGGUUCCAAGUACCUUCUCGGGACAGGGUGCUGCAUGCCCGUGGGAUGCGAAUUUCGUGAAGAAGCCGGCGUACACUGGCAUUCUCACCGCUCUGGGAGGAACGGCCACUGCAACCUCAACGACUACUGCCACAACUGUGAGCACUUCGACCACUUCUUCUAGCACAAGCACGUCCACGGGCGUUGCUGCGCACUGGGGUCAGUGCGGUGGUCUUGGAUGGACUGGUCCCACUGUCUGUGCGAGUGGAUACACCUGCACCUACUCCAAUGAUUGGUAUUCCCAGUGUCUGUAA